GUCACUCAGCUGAAGUAGAGGAGAGCACAGCAUGCCCUUUUGUCAUCUUUCUAUCAGUGCACAUGUGAUUUCUCUUGGAACUGGGAACUUGAGAUGUGAGACGAGCCUUGCUGUUAGAUCGCCGGUGGUUUUGUCAUAAUGAACGAAAAGUAACCUGCAAACAUCCAGUAACAGGACAACCAUCGCAGGACAACUGUAUUUUUGUUGUGAACGAACAGACUGCUGCAGCAAUGACAUCUGAAGAAAAGAAGGAGCGACCAGUAAGCAUGAUAUGUGAAGCAUCUAACUAUAAUCUGACAUCAGAUUAUGCUGCUCAUCCAAUGAGCCCUGUGGGCAGAACAUCACGGUCUUCAAAGAAGGUUCAUAAUUUCGGAAAGAGAUCGAACUCCAUAAAGAGAAAUCCUAAUGCACCAGUUGUCAGACGUGGCUGGCUCUACAAACAGGAUAGCACUGGGAUGAAGCUGUGGAAGAAGCGGUGGUUUGUGCUCUCCGAUCUCUGUCUCUUCUAUUACAGAGAUGAGAAAGAAGAGGGAAUACUGGGUAGCAUCCUUCUGCCUAGUUUUCAGAUAUCUAUGCUGUCUGCUGAGGACCACAUUAACCGCAAAUAUGCCUUUAAGGCAGCUCAUCCAAACAUGAGGACCUAUUAUUUCUGCACAGAUACAGGGAAGGAAAUGGAGCUGUGGAUGAAAGCCAUGAUAGAUGCAGCACUUGUACAGACAGAGCCUGUGAAAAGAAUAGAGAAGCUAACCAUUGAAAAUACAUCACCUCGAGAGGCAAACAAUAUCUCAAACCACCGGGUGCUAAUUAAACCAGAGGCACAAAAUAACCAGAAAAACAAAGAAGUGAACAGAAACGAGGAGAAGAAAGCUUUGGAAGCCGAAAAGUACGGGUUCCAGAAAGUCGGGCAAGAUAAACCGUUAACAAAAAUCAACAGUGUGAAGCUGAAUCCUUUGGGAUCCGAGUACAGGACUUUGCCCAUAAGCACCAUCCAGGCUGGACACUUCAGGCCAGUCCAUUUGAAUGGGUCUGAGGGCAAAGGUGGAGUUGUGCUGGCGGAUGCUGGAGAUGGAGCUCAUCACAACACGCUGCCGUCGCACGUGGAGUCCGAGCGGGUCAUGCAGAGAACUAACUCCAUGCUGCAGCUGGAACAGUGGAUUAAAAUACAGAGAGGAAAAGGACAAGAAGAGGAAACAAGAGGCGUAAUCUCUUAUCAGACGUUACCAAGGAACAUGCCGAGCCAUCGCCCUCAAGCCUUACCCCGCUACCCAGAGGGCUACAGAACACUGCCAAGGAACAGCAAGGCACGCCCAGAGAGCCUCUGCAGCGUGGCACCCUCGGCCUACGACAGGGCCAUGGGACCCGUCAGCGCCGAGGAGAAGCGGCGGUCGAUGCGCGACGACACGAUGUGGCAGCUCUACGAGUGGCAGCAGCGCCAGUUCUACAACAAGCAGACGACUCUGACUAGGCACAGUACCAUAAGCAGCCCGAAAACGAUGAUCAACAUCUCCGAUCAGACCAUGCAUUCGAUUCCCACCUCGCCCUCUCACGGUUCCAUCGCUGGUUUCCAGGGAUAUUCCCCCCAGCGGACCUACCGGUCGGAAGUGUCGUCGCCAGUGCAAAGGGGGGAUGUGACCAUUGAUCGCAGGCACAGGGCCCACCAUAGCAAGCAUGUCUUUGUACCUGACAGAAGGUCGAUGCCAGCAGGCCUGAGUUUACAGCCUGUUACUCCUCAGAGCCUCCAAGGCAAAACACCAGAGGAGCUCACGCUGCUGCUAAUAAAGCUGAGACGGCAGCAAGCUGAACUGAGUAGUAUCCGGGAACACACACUAGCACAGCUCAUGCAACUAAAACUUGAGGCCAGCAGCCCAAAGAAUGAGAUUCUUUCACAUCACCUUCAAAGGAAUGCUAUAUAUUUGGAUCACCAGAUGAAAGAGAAUGAACCUUUAAUCACCUUGGUUCACACUAUGAUUGAGAACUCGGCGCUAAGACCGCAACUGUACCAGCAAUUAACACAAGAAGAAUGUAGGGGUACACUAUACAAAUAUAGAACUGAAGAGCUGGAUAUUGAUGCUAAGCUUAGCCGUUUAUGUGAACAGGAUAAAGUUGUGCAAGCACUGGAGGAGAAGCUUCAACAGCUACACAAGGAGAAAUACACGCUUGAGCAAGCUUUGCUAUCAGCAAGUCAGGAGAUAGAAAUGAAUGCAGAUAAUCCCGCAGCCAUACAAAAUGUAGUCUUGCAGAGAGAUGACUUGCAGAACGGACUCCUUAGCACUUGUCGAGAAGUAUCACGAGCCACUGCAGAACUGGAAAGAGCUUGGAGAGAAUAUGAUAAAUUGGAGUAUGAUGUAACUGUAACAAGGAACCAUAUGCAGGAGCAACUUGAUCGGCUUGGAGAAAUUCAGACUGAGUCAGCAGGGAUACAGCGUGCUCAGAUUCAGAAGGAACUGUGGAGAAUUCAAGAUGUCAUGGAGGGUUUACUUAAACAUAAACAGCAAAGAAGCUCUUCAGAGGCAGGCAUCAUGGUUUCAAGAACAUUUUCAUCCAUUAAAUAUAAAAAUGAGGAAGAGGAAGUAGUCCCACCUCGUCCUCCACUCCCUCGGUCCUAUGACUUUACAGAGCAUCCUCCCAUAAUCCCCCCUCUGCCCAGUGAUAGCAGCUCCUUGCUCUGUUAUAGCAGGGGCCCAGUACAUCUGACAGAAGAAAAGAAGAUUUACCAAGUUCAAGGAUAUCAGAGAAAUGGAUCUUACUGUGGUCCUGACUAUAGGCUUUAUAAGAGCGAACCGGAGUUAACUACAGUAGCAGAAGUAGAUGAGUCUAAUGGUGAAGAAAAAACAGAACAAAUGUCAGAAUCAGAAUCUACUGCUAAAGGCUCACAUUUUCCUGUGGGAGUUGUACCACCCAGAACCAAAUCACCAACACCAGAGUCUUCAACAAUAGCAUCCUAUGUCACUUUGAGGAAGAACAAGAAGAUAGAUCUAAGAACGGAAAGACCAAGAAGUGCAGUGGAGCAGCUGUGUCUUGCAGAAAGCUCACGGCCUCGAAUGACUGUGGAGGAACAGAUGGAAAGAAUAAAAAGACACCAGCAAGCUUGCCUGAGAGAAAAGAGGAAAGGACUCAAUAUUAUUGGCGUUUCAGACCAGUCUCCUUCACAGAGUUUGUCGUGUGUCAGAGAUAAUCCAUUCAGAUUGGCACAGAAUCGAAAAAAGGAUGAUGCUGUAUAUAGUAACAUGAAGGAAUUAGAGAGCACCAGUAGAGAAAAUAAUUUGAAACAAAAUAAUGGAAGUCCUGGAGAAGAAAUAGCACAACUAAAGCAUGAUGGAGAACAAGAACAUAAUUCAGGUUUUACUAAAGAGCUGUCAAAAACUGAUGAUCUUUUAUCAGAUGCACAUGUUGCAUCUGACUCAAAAGAAGUGAGUAAUGAAGAGAAAGCAGAAAAGAAAAAUAAAUUGGAAGAAACACAUGAUGGUGAUAUAAGCUUGCAGAGUGUGACCACAGUUACAAACCACAAACCCAAAACCAGCUCAGAAGAAAGUGAAGUAGUUAGCGUUCGAGAUCAAGAAGGGAUUAUGUCUUCAUUUGAAUUAGCAGCACAGUCUUCAAAAGGAAAUCAGGCAACAGCAGUGAAAAGUUUGCCUUCUUCACCAGAAUCGUCAUUGUCACCAGCUCCAUCUACACAGACACAGCUCACAGAAGGAUCACAUUUCAUGUGUGUAUAGUUACAGAGAACACUGACGGCUUCUGUUGAAACAAUUCAUGCCUGAGAUGUAUGGACCUGACCUAUGAAAAUAUGAGAAGAUAUUGUACAGUAUAUUUUAAAUCUAUGAAAUUCAUAGUUCUGAUGCUUUUGGCCACAGAGCAUCGUUUUAUCACUUCCUGGAAAAUGUUUAUUCCAAGAGAGCUUUAACUGGCCCACGUGUACACUCAACAACCUUCAGAUUGUUCUCCUGAUACCAGCUUGCUGCUAUGAUUUCUGUGCACAUAAAACAAAGGCUCUUUUUAAUGUGCAGCCUACAGUCAGAACCUUAUUUGCUAUUCUCCAGAAUUUAAUGUUCUUUUAAUUAUGGAUCAUGUAAGUUUACUUUUUUGCCUCUUUUAGAUGCGUAACUCGGUUAAUUUUACAUAUCACCACUAAAACUUGUUUUACACUUUUUAAACAUUACAAUUUAUUGUUUUGACAUUUUAUUUGUAAAAUUUUUAUAUAUAUAUACAUAUAGAUAUAUUUAAAAUGUGCCAUUUUUAUUAUUGCUUAGUAAAAUAUGUCCUGUUUCUGCUGUAAUUAUUUCUUGGUCAGGUUGCAAUGUCAGCAGUUACUGCCACACUUCUGUCAACAUAGACAUUAAUGUUAGUGGUUACUUUUUCUUGAAUAAAAUGGAGUGUAGGUAUUUUGAGGUACUGGGCUUUUCCUUCAUGGGGUUAGGGUGUGUACAGCAAUAAGCAGGUUUUCAAUCCAGUACUUAGUUUGUGUACAAAUGUAAUUAUGUUCAUUGUGUAUAUAUUAUACAAUGAGCACAUAUGAUGUAAGUAUAAGAAGCCACUUAUUAUUGUUCAAAAAUACGAAUGUUCAUAUCCCAUUUCUUUUAUAUCAUAUUAAAUAAAUGUUGAUGUUCUUAAGGACUUGUAUGGUUAGUGUUUCUUCCAGCAAACAGAUGUCACACUGUGUUCCACCUUUUGAUGUGGGGAAUGCAACAAUUCCUAUCUCAUUGGCAACAUCACCUGUCAACCAGAGUAGCAGUGACAGACUCUUAAGAGAUCCCAGUCUUCCUCAACGGGAAAGAAUAAGGCUGCAACACAGAACAAAAAAGACAACCUGAGACUGAGACACAAGAAAUACAGGUUCAGCUCCUGACUCUCCCAGACUUGUAUUGUGAUAUUGGAAUAAUCACUUAGUCAUUCUGUGCCUCCAUUCCCUGCCUGUUUACGUGAGAGGUAACAGCCUGUCUUAGCAGGGUGUGGUGAGCAGUAAUUCAAUAUUUGCAAACGUUGAUUGUCAAGUUCACUUGGGGUUAAGGAGAGAAGUGUGAUGAUUCCUUGAGGCUUUGGCAUCUGCAAGGCAUCUUCCAGAAACUGAAAGAAAAGCUGAAAUAAUUUGUCUGGUGUUGUCACACUGCAGAUGUUACUGUAGCUUCGCCUUCCCACCUUGCACAGCUGUCUGAAUUUGCCUGAGACAAAAAGAGGUUUAGAAAAGAGUGAUGAAAAACGAAACGAUUUAAAGGAAAGCUUUUGAAUCUAGGAAUUAAAGCUGAGGAAUCUUUCACAGGUUCAGGCAACUGCUCUGUGCUUGGGUGCAUGUGUGUGCCAUAAGUGGUAAGGCAAGUUUCACAAGAAGACAACUGCCAGCUCCUGUUGCACUUUUUUUAUCGUACAAAUCAUAUCCUGAUCAGGUUAAUAUUGCUGUUCUAGAGACUGUAUAAUUCAUUGUGUUUUUCCAUAGAGGAAUGCCUGAGAUUAAUACACAGUUUGAAAUAACUCUAUCAUUGCCUCCCUCCCCAAGUAGGAGUUUGUGUUCCUGGGGCUCUUCACUACCAAGACACAGAGUACACUGUCUGGGCUACCUGUUCUUCUGCCAUUUUCUUAGAGAAGUGAAAAAACAGGAAUCAGAAUUUAGCAGCAGAGCUUGGAAAGUCACAGGGAAAGAGGUGGCUAAAGGAAAGAAAAUGAAUCAUGAUGCAGGCAGACAGCAUCCAUCUGAAAGUUUGUCCAAAUAGCCAUCUUUUUUUUUUUGGAGCAGUAGCCCUAAAUUAGUGCAUCCUUCCUUCCAAAAAAUAGAGUGAAGGAGAGGAAGGUGAUACUUUUUUUUUUUUUUUGCUCAACCAGCUGAGGUUUAAGUUCAGUGGCAUCCCUGGAACACCUGAGGCAAAGCAAAUAGGACACACCCUGUUCUCUCCCUAACCCUUCUGGUGAGAUCUGUUUGCUGUCAAAUUUUGCAAUCUUUCUGCCCUUGCUGCCAAGAAUUGCAACCAACAAAGGAAAGAAUGACUAAGUGAUUUUUGGACAUUUAUAGAUGUUGGCUGUGUUUAAAGCAUUAAAGGUUUGGUGUAUCUGCAAAGAAUGUGCAGUUUGUACUGAAGCUGCGUGGAACAAUUAGCAAGUUUUGCUGGUAUAAUUGUUGGCAAAGAUAGCAAAGGUAAAUGAUGCAGGAAUGUAGUAAUGCUCAUAGACUACAAUUUCACUUCCUGUGGGCACUUUGAGCAAAGACUUGGAGUUUCAUUGGGUGCUUUAUUUUUUUGUCUUAUAGAAAAAGAAAAUAUGGCUUUGUGUUAUCACAGAGCAUCUACUGUUUCUUACCUCAUCAGAAUAACUCAUCCCAAUGAUCAUACUCCUGAGAUAUAGAAAUAUCAGAAUUCUGAUAUGGUCAGCUUUCAAACAUCUAUUUUAAGUUUGUAUCUAGGAUAUUUUUAUAUUUCUGACUGAUUGCUUUAUUGGCUAUUGCACUGACACUUGUAUAUAUGGAACGUGCUUUUUUUCAAAAGCAGGAGUCCUUAGGAAUAAUGCAACACAUUCUCUACAGAUGUUCAUGCUUUUCAGAACCAAUUACAUCUAUUUUUGUCUUUUGUUCACCAUUUGCAUUGUUCCAAGGCUACUAGAGAAUGUGAUUCUUUUAAGUCCCUUAAUAAAGUGACAUUACUCAACA